AUUAAUUUUUAGCCGAAUAACAUUAUAUCGAGAAAGUUUUCUGUUACACCGCCAAUAGACGACGAAGAUGAGUUACGUUGAUUUGGCUACGUUAACUAUGCACCGUAGAAACGAAUUAGAAGGUAGAAUAAAUAUGUUCCUAGAAAAAUGUGAUCAUGCAAUCAACGAUAUAAAAAAAAUGAAGACGAAGGCUCAAGGAUUUGUUCUACAACUCAACUGUGACCCGGCGGAGCUGAAGGAACGAUUCUUGAAAUCCAUGAAACUACUUGACGAGUUUACAUAUCUCAUAACAGACUUCAAUCUAGCUACUGGCCAAAUAGAAGACUUAGGCAGCUCAGAAUACACACCAGUGCCUGAUACAACACCGAAGUUACUUCCAACACCUCAAUUACCAACGCUUAACUUAUUAGAUGCAUUAAGUGAACCAACUCCUUCUACGUCACAAGCUAGCAUGAAAGUGACCCACACGAAAAAACCUAAAAGAUUAAAAAGCAUUAAAGACGAUCAAACAUUGAUCUCAUUCUCGAGUUCAUCUUGCUCAUCGGAAAGUGUUCCUUUAGUGAAGACUGAGGUUGUAAGCAAGGAAGUGCAGUGUGAAAUUGUUUAUGAAUUGGAAAAUUUAGAAAUUGAAGAUAAUCAAUCACAAGUAUCCCAAGAAUCCUGCAAGUUGCCAGCUCAGUCGAUGUUAGAAGUUGAUAAUACCUACUCUGGGACAAUCAUGCACGUAGAUGGAUCUUCUUUUUGGAUUAUAACCGAAGACACUGAUAUAGUUUACAGAUUAAUGUUAGAAAUGACAGAAUAUUAUACUAAGAAUUACAGGAAAAUGAAUCUAAAAGAAGUGAAAAUAUUAGCGUAUUGUGCUGUGUACGAUGGAGAUUGUUAUUAUAGAGGGCUUUUUCUAAAUUUGAUUGAGGACGGUACGAACACUGCAGAGGUGUACAUAGUGGACACGGGAGAGACGCGGUGCUUCCACAUAGAUAGUCUUCAGCCACUGGUAUUGCAGUUCUGUGAUUCGCCUCCGUAUGCACGGUGCUGUCAUUUAGCUGGGGUGGACCCAAUUAAGUAUAACGAUAUGCAUCUCGUCGAGAAACUUGAAGAGUGCAUGAGAAAUUAUAUAGGAACUUUAUGUAGAAUUGAAAUUGAUGACAACUCGUCGGAGUCGCUCGGCGUGUACGUCAUACUGCCGGACAACCAGACACUCAACCAAAUAAUCGUACAACAGGAAUUUGCUAACGCCAUCGACAGUCCAGUUUCUCCCGCGAAGCAAGCGCCCGCGGUCCACUGCCCGCCCGAGCUGGUGAACGACAGUUCCUUAGACAUCACGCACGGUCCUGAAUACGAGGACCCCGUUGAAGCAGUCACGGGUUAUCACAAUCGCGACGAAGCGGACAUAUGCAAACACUACAAAGGCGGUCCGAGCGCGACCUGCUUCAAAGGAGCGAAAUGCAAAAAGAAACACAUCGUCAAACAUCCAGAGCAGAUACCUGAAUUCGGUGUGGUGCUGCCCCCCGCGACGCUGGAGAGCCUCGUGCGUGACAUGAACAGCCCCGCCGCGCGCAUCACAUAUAAACCUUUGAAGCUAACCCCUGCUCCGGGAGAGAUGGUGGCUGCAUUGUACCCGCUGGACGACAACUGGUAUCGAGCCAGAGUGCUCUCACUCACCCGACCCGACCAGAGCGUGGAGGUGAUGUACGUAGACUACGGCACCGUUCUGUGGGUGAAGGAGGACCAGAUCCGCCACCUGGAGGCCCGGUACACGUUCCUGCCGAUGCAGGCGGUGCGGUGCGUGCUGGCGGGCGUCACGUGCCCGUCGCACGACUCGCAGCACUGGGCCGCCGCCAAGCGGGUGCUCGGCGAACUAACCCAGGACAAGCUGCUCGACGCCCAUAUCAUAUCUCGGGACUACGACGAAGUAGCAGUCGAAUUGUUCAACAGCGACGGCUACAGCAUCGCGGAGCAACUUGCAGCUCGAGACAUGGUCGACCUGGUAGAAUACUCUGUGGUCGACGACACGAAAACGCAAUGUAAGGUUGUCGCACCUUGACCUUUAUGUACUGUGGCGUCUGUAGUCGUUAGACCUCGAUAUUUUUAUACAGAUAAUGACAUACAUGAUUCAAACCUGACUCAUAGUAAGGUAGCUUAGAACUAUUUUUAAUCUAGAUUUUUUUUAGUAUUAAUGCCUAGGAAAUAUAUUAAGGCUUUUGUAAUUAGUUCAAUUCAGUCAAACUUUGAGCGUCAAAAACGGAUGGUGCACACCCAUGUUUAGAUUAUCAAUAAGAAUGUAUUGUUUUUUUAGUUUAUUUUCUUCAUAACCUAUAAAGUUUUUAAUCUUGUUUUAAUGAUUCAUUUGAAAUAAGAUGCGGGUUAUAUUGCAAUGUCUAGACAGAACUCUGCAAUAGGCUAGAAUGUGUAUAUUUUUUAAUUUUCUAGUUGCAUUUCGGAUUCAAAUAAAAAUCCUAUUGCAUUGUAAUAAAAUGAUAAAAUAUGUUUUU